AUGCCUCCGUCACGUCAUCGGAAGACAGUACUUAAAAAGGAGACAUAGACUGCAGACAUAUCAAUAACAUUCAAACACUUCUACAUCGUCUCCUCGCCAGAAAACAGUUCAACUGAAAGGUGGUGUAUAUACAUACAGGAUGUGUUCAGUAAUAUUUCUGCUUGUAUUAGCCGCUUCUCCGGUGUUGAUAUCUACUAGACUGGUCAAUAGUUAUGGCAACUUUGCAGAAGUCGAUUGAUGCACGUGAAGAAACUUCACUGGGACCAUAUUCCACCAUGGACGAUACAUCAGAAGACGCCAUGGGUGAUACAGAAGACAUUUUUGGUAUUGUAAAUCAGUUGAUCAGUAAAGUAACUGGACUGGAAAGGACGAUUAAACAUUGGUGUCACAAACCUGUUGCUUUUCAUGCUGUAAGGGAUGGUGGAGAAUAUCCUCAUCUUGGAAAAUAUCAACAUAUUGUAUUUAGUACAGUCUUACUUAACAUCGGGAAUGGAUACAGCGCCAACCAUGGCAUUUUUACCGCCCCCAAAGCUGGCUUGUAUAUAUUUUCGGCUUCUAUCUUAAGCAACUAUAAACCCGCCACAUCCUUGUUUGCUGCAGACAUCGUUAAGGGCGGGCAUGUUCUUGCAAGAGUAUACGGCCAUGGAGUUAAUGGAUACCAUGACCAAAGAUUGGCUACCGUGGUCACCCAGUUAAGAGCUGGGGAGCAAGUUUGGGUUCGGCUAAACUGUUGUGCGAAUGAUUCGCUGUGGGGGUAUCGUUAUACAACCUUCAGUGGUUCAUUGAUAAGUUUGUUAAAUUGACCCCGUAACGAUGACCUGUCAAUCUUUAAUUGCGUUUUCAGAAGCCUAUUAUCUAGUUUUAAUUUUCAUGCAUUGUAUGCACUGUUACAUCACAUUUAAGGACGCAUGUGGCAUAACAGAACUAUGAAAACCAAUCGAAAAUCACCAUGCUUGCUCAGGAGUUGUCUGCCCUUGUAUAUGCAAAGGUGAAUGAAAUCAAGUUAUAAGGGCAGAUAACUUCUGAACAAGCACGGUCACCUGCGGUUGUUUUUGCAUUUUUCUAACUUGAAACUGUGUUCAUAUACAAAAUUUGAACAAAUUCUAUUGUUGGGAAUUUUUUGCCCCAUCUCCCAAACAAGAAACUGCAGCAAGUGCCUGUAUUACAAAAGUGUGCAUGUUCUUGUUCUUAUAACAUGUUAGUAUUUACAGUGUCGUAAUAUUCAUAGGGGACUGAGGAAUGUUUCAAAUUGAAUUGCCUCUCAUGAACUUGUCUCGAUCAAACCAGGUUCAUAUUGAAUUGUUAAGUUGGAUUUUGUGCUUCCAAAGGAUGUUUUACAUGCACAUGUAGUAAAUAUUACUCUUU